CUUAAACAGGAGCAGAAAAAGGUGGAGAAGGAGCUCGCAGCUAAACGACAACAAAAAGAACAACAGGCUAGGAAGGAGGCAGACCCAUCUGCAGCCACUAAGGCAGCAUACACCGUCAAGAUUACCAGCUAUGCAUGGGACCAGUCAGAUAAGUUUGUCAAAAUUUAUCUGGCAUUGAAAGAUGUGCACAAAAUAUCAGCAGAUAAUGUGGAGGUCAAAUUUACAGAACGGUCAUUUUCUGUGCUGGUGAAGGAUCUAGAUGGCAAAAACCACGAAAUGACAGUUCUGAACUUGUUGUAUCCAAUCAAUGAACAGGACAGUUACAAAAAGGUAAACAAAUCAUCUGCUGCUUACUCAGCUUCUUCUCCUCAGUCCAGCGGCCAUGAGAU